AUGGAAACCGGGCAGCCCUCGGAGAGCGCAGCCAGCGAGCGCGCGCGCUGCCGCCGCCUGCCGCCCGCGGCCCCCGACCGCCCCGCGCGGCGCGGGGGCGCGGACUCCGGCGGCGGCGCCUCCCCCACCCAGGCCCUACCGCCCGCGUCUCCCGAGCUCCUCCCCUCCGCUCUCCGCCCCCCACCCGCCCGCGGUCGGGGCUCCGCUGCGGGCUGUCCUCCCCAGUCUGCGCUCGCGUCUCCCCUGCGCGCCUUUCGCCCCUCACCCCGCAGAUCCGCAGGCCUCUGGAGACCGUGGGUUGACGCCAGAGGCGACGGGGAGGAGGGGGCGAGGCACCACGCGGCUGAGGCGAUGCCGGAUGGCCCCGGGAUGACCGAAGCCGCAGGCAAGCUUUCCCGGUACAGACACCCAGUCAGACUAUUUUGGCCCAAAUCAAAGUGUUAUGAUUACUUAUAUCAAGAAGCAGAAGCUCUUCUGAAAAAUUUUCCAAUUCAAGCCACAAUUUCAUUUUAUGAAGAUUCUGACAGUGAAGAUGAAAUUGAGGAGCUGAUCUGUGAAAGUUAAUCUGAUUAGUUACUUUGAUGUCAUUCAAAGCUUAUAGAAUUUAA